AUGAGGAUAGCCACUUUAACGUAUCCUUCCAACUGUGUUCUCUCACUUCUGUUCAUCUUGUUUUUGCAGACCGAUGCUUUCAACUCCCAUAACCACAGUUGUAGCCCAGGCGAUCUCAGAAAACUGUAUGGUUUCGCACGCGGCCUCGAUGCUCAAAUCAACCAUUGGCCCGUCGCCGUUGCUAAUUCCACCAGUUGCUGCAGUUGGCCGGGAGUCCAUUGUGCUCUGUUGUCCUCUUCCCCGACAUCAUCAUCAUCGUCCACUCUCAACUCUACCUUGUUUACCGCCAUAAGAGUCGUCGGUCUCGAUCUACCUGGGAGAGGUCUUGAAGGGGUUCUCUCAAGGUCCCUGGCUGGUUUAGACAAGCUCAGCUUUCUCAACCUCUCCCACAAGUCUUUCCGUGAUCCCAUCCCACCAGAGCUAUUCCACUUGAAGCUCUUGAAGGUGCUCGACGUAAGCAGAAACCAGUUGACAGGGGAGUUCCCACCGGGUAUAGGAAACCUCUCGGGCCUGCAACACUUGGAUGUGUCCGGCAACAGGUUCACCGGGAUCAUCCCUGAUGAGUUUCACGGCCUGGCAAAGCUUGAGGUUUUCUCAGCUACAUCUAAUGAAUUUGUCGGUCCGUUGCCCUCUUCUCUGUCCUCGUGCUCGAUGCUUACGUUGCUUAAUCUAUGGAACAAUUCUCUUGAAGGUAACAUCGACCUUGACUGUAGACGAUUAGUUCAUCUUGCUACCCUCAACCUUGGAUGGAAUAGGUUGCAGGGGGUCGUUCCGGAGGUUCUCUCUUCUUGCAAGGCAUUGCAGAUCCUUAAUUUGUCUCUCAACAAACUAAGUGGCCAGGUUCCCGACAAGCUUCAAGACCUUCUUUCUCUCUCCUACCUGAAUCUGCAUGGAAAUAGCCUCUCAAAUAUUUCAGGAGCACUGAAAGUUCUUCAGGAGUGCCAAAACUUGACAGUUGUUAUACUCACCAAAAACUUUGUAGGUGAAGAAAUGCCGAUUAAUGCAAUCCGAGGAUUUCGAAACAUACGUGCCCUCGCCAUUAUAAAUAGUGCUUUGACUGGUUCCCUCCCCUCAUGGUUAAGAAAUUGCAGGGAGCUCAGAUUUCUCGAUUUAUCAUGGAAUCGUUUGACCGGAGAGAUACCACGGUGGUUCGGAGAGUUUGAUCAUCUUUUUUUCAUGAACCUGUAA